CCCCAUCUUUCUUCUCUGACCCCCAGAAAACUCCAUCUGAGGAGAGAGAAAGCUCAGCGAAAACAAAGAGGAGAGAGAAAAUUGAAAGAAAGAGAGAGAAAAAAAACUGAUCUACUUCUUCUUCGAGUUCGAGGGAUUUGGUGAUUUUCUGGAAUCGAUCUGAGAUUUGGUGGUGAAAAAUUGGAGAAAGGAUUUUUUCUUCAUUUUUUAAUUUUUUUUUGUAAUAAAAAAAAAAUUAAAUAAAUUGAAGGAAAAUGACGUCGUUAAGCAGAGAGCUUGUUUUUCUCAUACUUCAGUUUCUGGAGGAGGAGAAAUUUAAGGAUAGUGUUCACAGAUUGGAGCAAGAAUCAGGGUUCUUUUUUAACAUGAGGUAUUUUGAAGAAUUGGUGACUGGUGGAGAGUGGGACGAGGCAGAGAAGUACUUGUCUGGUUUCACCAAAGUUGAUGAUAAUAGAUACUCCAUGAAGAUCUUUUUCGAAAUCAGGAAGCAGAAGUACCUUGAAGCCCUGGAUAAGCGAGAUCGUGCGAAAGCUGUAGAAAUUCUUGUCAAGGAUCUAAAGGUUUUUUCAGCUUUUAAUGAAGAGCUCUUCAAGGAAAUAACUCUUUUAUUAACCUUGGAUAAUUUUAGAGAAAAUGAGCAACUGUCAAAAUAUGGUGAUACUAAGUCAGCUAGGGGCAUAAUGCUUGCUGAACUUAAGAAGUUGAUAGAAGCCAACCCAUUGUUUCGUGACAAGCUUCAAUUCCCAACCUUGAGGAAUUCAAGAUUAAGGACUCUUAUCAAUCAGAGUUUGAAUUGGCAACACCAGCUAUGCAAGAAUCCCAAGCCUAAUCCUGACAUAAAAACUCUGUUUGUGGACCAUACGUGUGGACCUCCUAAUGGCGCACGUGCACCGUCACCUGUGACUAAUCCAUUGAUGAAUGCUGGUCCUGUUUCGAAGGCUGGAGCUUUUCCUCCACUUGGAGCUCAUGGACCAUUCCAGGCUGCUCCAGCUCCUCUUCCAACAUCACUUGCUGGAUGGAUGGCAAAUCCAUCUCCUCCUGUACCUCACCCUGCUGUUUCAGCUGGGCCCAUGGGUUUAGGUGUUCCUAACAAUCCAGCUGCUAUAGUAAAGCGUCCGCGGACUCCUCCUAACAACAAUGCAGCUAUGGAUUACCAAACAGCAGAUUCUGAACAUGUGUUGAAGAGACCAAGACCUUUUGGAGCGCCAGAAGAAGUCAACAAUCUUCCUGUCAACAUUCUUCCAGUUGCAUACAACCAAAGCCAUGGUCAAAGUUCAUAUUCAUCUCUUGACUUGCCAAGAGAUGUUGUCAUGUGUUUGAGCCAAGGUUCUACUGUCAAGAGUCUUGACUUCCAUCCAUCGCAGCAAAUUUUGCUCCUAGUGGGGACGAAUAUGGGUGAUGUCAUGGUGUGGGAAUUAGUGAGCAGGGAAAGAAUUGCGUAUAGAAAUUUUAAGGUGUGGGAACUUGGUACAUGUUCUAUGCCUCUGCAGGCUUCUUUGGCCAGUGAUUACUCUGCAUCCAUUAAUCGUGUCAUGUGGAGUCCUGAUGGAACCCUUUUUGGUGUUGCAUACUCAAAACAUAUUGUACAUAUAUAUUCCUACCAUGGCCCCAAUGAUCUGAGAAACCACUUAGAGAUCGAGGCCCACGUUGGCAACGUUAAUGAUCUUGCCUUUUCUUAUCCAAACAAACAAUUGUCUAUUGUUACAUGUGGAGACGAUAGGCUUAUUAAGGUAUGGGAUGCUGUAACUGGGGCUAAGCAGUAUACAUUUGAGGGUCAUGAAUCACCUGUUUAUUCAGUAUGUCCCCAUCACAAGGAGAGUAUUCAGUUUAUUUUCUCGACUGCAACGGAUGGAAAAAUAAAAGCUUGGUUGUAUGACAAUGUGGGUUCAAGAGUAGAUUAUGAUGCGCCAGGUCAUUCGUCAACAAGGAUGGCUUAUAGUGCAGAUGGGUCAAGAUUAUUCUCCUGUGGGACCAACAAAGAAGGAGAAUCCUUCCUUGUCGAAUGGAAUGAAAGUGAAGGAACAGUCAAGCGUACGUACGUUAGUUUGGGAAAGCGCUCAGUGGGAGUUGUGCAUUUUGAUACUACAAAGAAUAGGUUCCUUGCUGCUGGAGAUGAGUUUACUAUCAAAUUUUGGGAUAUGGAUAGUGUUAACAUUUUAACUACAGCUGACGCUGGUGGCGGGUUGCCGGCUUCUCCUUGUAUUCGGUUUAACAAGGAGGGAACGUUGAUGGCUGUCUCAACCAGUGACAAUGGUGUAAAAAUUUUAGCUAAUACAGAUGGGAUGAGGCAACUUCGUGCUGUAGAAAAUCGCCCAUUUGAUACUUCUACUUCUGCUUCUGCUGCGAUUGUCAAGGGACCUACAAUGGGCGUAUUUCCUGCUGCAAAUGCUGCAGUGGGAGCCAGUAUUGCAGAUCGAACAGCUGCUGUGCCAGCCAUGGUUGCUAUGAAUGCUGAUAAUCGAAGCCUAGUUGAUGUGAAACCAAAAUUUCCUGAUGAGUCUGCAGAUAAAUCGAAGAUAUGGAAGCUGACUGAGAUUAAUGAAUCUUCUCAGUGCCGAUCACUGAAACUGCCUGAUAGUAUAUCAGCAAUGAGGAUCUCUAGAUUGAUCUAUACGAAUUCAGGAUUUGCCAUGCUGGCACUGGCAGCGAAUGCUGUACAUAAACUGUGGAAAUGGCCUAGGAAUGACAGAAAUUCGACUGGCAAGGCGACUGCAAGUAUUGCCCCUCAAUUAUGGCAACCUUCGAGUGGGAUAUUAAUGACAAAUGAUAUGGGCGACACAAAUCCUGAAGAUACAGUUUCUUGCUUUGCACUUUCAAAGAAUGAUUCUUAUGUUAUGUCAGCUUCAGGCGGAAAAAUUUCUUUAUUCAAUAUGAUGACUUUCAAGACAAUGACAACAUUCAUGCCCCCACCACCUGCAGCAACAUUUUUGGCUUUCCAUCCUCAAGACAACAAUAUUAUUGCUAUUGGCAUGGAAGAUUCAACCAUUCAAAUAUACAAUGUUCGAGUUGAUGAGGUCAAGUCAAAACUUAAAGGACAUCAAAAGAGAAUCACUGGCCUGGCAUUCUCAAAUGUUCAAAAUGUGCUUGUGUCUUCAGGGGCUGAUUCUCAGCUAUGUGUUUGGAGCAUGGAUGGAUGGGAAAAGUUAGCAAGUAAACCUUUACAAAUCCCUAGUGGUCGAUCUACGAAUCACCUCUCAGAUACGCAUGUUCAAUUUCACCAAGAUCAGACACAUUUGUUGGCUGUGCAUGAAACACAAAUUGCUAUAUAUGAGGCUCCUAAGCUUGAAUGCCUUAAACAGUGGUUUGCUCCCGAAGCAAGAGGCCCGAUAACGCAUGCCACCUACUCCUGCGAUAGCCUGUCAAUAUAUGUAAGCUUUGAAGAUGGGAGUGUCAGCAUUCUCACUGCUUCAAAUCUUAGACUGAGAUGUCGAAUUAACCCUAAUGCAUACCUACCUCCUAAUCCAAGUAUGAGAGUGUAUCCACUCUGCAUCGCAGCACAUCCCACAGAAGCCAACCAAUUUGCAUUAGGACUUACCGAUGGUGGUGUUUGUGUUCUCGAGCCCCUAGAAACAGAAGGCCAAUGGGGCACCCCACCUCCUGCAGAAAAUGGCGCUGGAACUAGCAAUCCAUCUGGAGCAGCCGGGACAGAUCAACCACAAAGAUGAUUGAUUUGACCGUCUUUUGCUAAUCAACCAAAUAUGUUCUUUCUGUACAGUCAGUCACCUUGCUCCUGGUUUCGCUGCACUUAUUUUUUUUAAUCAGAGGGAAGCUGCAGGAUCCAGGUAUUACCGCCGUAGAAUCUUCAUUAGUCAACCUUCUGAAUUUGAAGAUCAUUCUCUCAUGGAUUAGGCACAGGAAUUGGCAACCAUCCAACUUUUCUUAGACAAUUAGUGAUUAGUGAUUAACGCUUUUAGAAGUGUCAUUUCAUUUUUCACUUUGAAUGGUCUUGGACCAACUCUAUAUUACUACUAACCCCAUGUGUUUUCUUUUAUUUUGGAGGGACCUCAGAAAGAAUUUCCUUUUUCUCCCCAACUUUUUUUUUUAUUAGAAGAAACUUGUUAGCGUUAUAAUAAUUUUUUUUAGUAGGAUAUUAUUAGCGUCGUUUAGAGUUCGUGGAAAGCGCUAAAUGUAGUGCACCUUAGUUUGUCAAGGAAAAAGUAGAAUUGUACUGUAAUUCAUAAUGAUUUGAAAUAUCUUAGUUCUUUAAGUCUUGUAUAUCGUAUUUACUCUUGUUUUUUGACUGAACAAAUCGUCUCGAGGAAUUUAUUUGCAAGUA